UGUAUGCGCAUGGGCGGAGAAACUGCCGCUGUGCGCUGUUAUUAUUGUAAGAGUAAUUUCUUUUUUUCUUUUUCUUUUCUUUUUUUUUUUAUUUUAAAAAAUGGCGUCCAGUCAGGGAGGCGUGGGAGCUGUCACCGCUCUACAAAGCCAUCACUAUCCCACCGGACCUCACUGGAGCCCGGGCAUCACACCGUUCCAGCAGCAGCACCACACGGCCCGAAGCCUGGACCGGGCUCUGGAGGAUGCCGUGUGCUCGGGGAUACUGAACCUGAGCGGCAGGAAGCUGAGGGAGUACCCGGGGAUGAGCUACGAUCUCACCGAUACAACACAAGCAGAUCUGUCUAAGAAUCGUCUCACAGAAAUCCCCCCAGAAGUGUGUCUGUUUGCCCCCCUGGAGUCACUCAACCUCUACCACAACUGCAUUAAGUGCAUCCCAGAAGCUAUUAUCAAUCUGCAGAUGCUGACUUAUCUGGACAUCAGCCGAAAUCUUCUGACAGUGUUGCCGAAAUACCUUUUCAACCUUCCCCUGAAGGUUUUGCUUGUGAGCAACAACAAGCUUGUGUCCAUCCCUGAAGAGAUUGGCAAGGCCAAAGACUUAAUGGAACUGGACGUGAGCUCAAACGAGAUCCAGGCGCUGCCUGCUCAAGUGGGAAAGCUUCAAGCCUUGAGAGAACUCAACAUCAGGAAGAAUAGUCUUCACAUACUGCCUGAUGAGUUGGCUGACCUGCCUCUCAUCCGACUUGACUUCUCCUGCAAUAAGAUCACAGAGAUUCCUCCAGCCUACAGGAAGCUGAGGCAACUGCAGCACAUCAUCCUAGACAACAACCCUAUGCAGUCUCCGCCGGCACAGAUUUGUCUUAAAGGCAAAGUGCACAUAUUUAAGUACCUGAACAUGCAGGCUUGUAGGAUGGAUAAGAAACCAGACACCCUGGACCUCCCCUCUCUUGGCAAGCGUUGCCUACCGCAACCACUAACAGAUAGCAUGGAAGAUUUUUACCCAAGUAAGAACCACGGUCCUGACUCUGGAAUUGGUAGUGACAAUGGUGACAAGAGGCUGUCUACAACAGAGCCUUCAGACGAUGACACAGUCAGCCUGCACUCUCAAGUUUCAGAGACAGCCCGUGCCGACGCCCUGUCACUCCUCUCCAAAAUGGACUCUUGCAAAGAUCAGGAUCUCUAUGACUUUAUAGAGCCCAACCCGGACGAGGAUCCUGCUCUGUCAGAGUGCAAUGGGCAGCAAAGCAGUCAUGUGUCUUGUAUAAAGGAACUGGAGAAAGUUCUUAACAUGUCUCACCAAAGCAAAGAUAAAGACAGCUGGAAAGAGGAGUCAGGUUCUGAUAAGGAGCAGCUAGCUGAGGAAGAGGACGAUGAGCUGAAGGAAGUGCUUGAUCUGAGGAAGAUUGCUGUCCAGCUUCUGCAGCAGGAGCAGCAGAACAGACGACGGUCCUUAAUUUGCAGAGCCGAAAGUCUAAUUCACAGGAGGAGAGUGACUGGCCGGGCACACAGAUUCCUCAGUCACUCUGGAAGCUCCGGCAGCAAACCGAGACUCACACCUCAGACCGCUCGCAGUGCCUCUUUAGAUGAAGGAAGCAGUGGAGCGUCAGUGCUGAGUGGACAGGUACCAACUUACUUUCUUUAA